CCAGCACGCCGCACUCGCACGUUGUCACUGUCUCUCAAUAGUCAAGCCUUGCAGACGGCAGGUCCUCUCGCCUCUUGCCGCUGCUCACCUCUCGAGCCUUUGCAGAUCCUCUCACCAGUCGCCUCAGUCCAUCUCACUCUUAGUCUUCUUCUCACUCUUCGCCUUAGUCUCCUUCUUGCAAUCUCACCCUCAGUCUCCCCCUCCCUCUCACUCUUAGUCUCCCUCUUGAGCCAUGACUCUCACUCUCAAAUCUCAGUCUCCUUCUCUUGACAAUCGGCUCUCUCCGUUUGUGCAAACAAAUUUUUUUUAUUUUACAUUUUACAUUUUGUUUAGAUUUAAUAAAUAAAAUUGGAGUAAUUUUCUUUAAAAAAUAAAUUUUAAAAAAUUAAAAUAUAUAAUUAUUUUUUUAAAGGGGUAACCCGUGAUCAGCCCAUUUAUUAAAUGGAUGAGUUAGGAUUUACAUGAUCGUGACUCAUUUAACGUCGAUUCAUUUAUGAUUUGACUUAUUUACGUCUUGUCAAGACCCAACCAUGAACCCAUAUGGCCACCCCUACCUGUCUUGGCUUCCAUUAGCAAAUCCCCACCUCACUUGAAAGGGUAGAGUGAGAUGCACUUGGGCAUUCCCAGAAGUAAAGAAAAAGAAAGGUAAAGUUAGGAGCACUUGGGUGUUCCUUGUAGUAAAGGAAAAGAAAGGUAAAAGUAGGAAAGGAAAACGUUGCUACAAAGAAACAAAAGGAAGAUAGAUGUCCCUUUAGAGUUGUGGGGUCAGCUUUAAGGGGCAUGAGAUUAGUCACGUGGACCGUAAAAUGGAUACGUGAAAACUCGAUGCGUAAUUUAAAAAAAAAGAAAAAGAAAAAGGAAAAGGAGGAUAGAUGUGCGCGUGGAAGGACGGUUUAUCGGGAGAACGGAGCGGCCGAGCUUCCGUGGACGGCCUGUGGUGGGAUCCCGUUAUUUACGAUACUUUGAGGGCCUGUGGCGGCUAAAUAUCCCAACAAGAGCAACAGCUUGUAGCCCCACUUCUGCCUCCCGAGGGCCGAAGCCCCGAGUGCCCAGAGACUUCUCUCUCUCAUGGAUGAACAAGAAGAAAACAUGGCUGUAAAUCAGAACCCUAAAGAAUCAGCCGUCUGCGAACAGUGCAAAUCGAAUCCAUCCAAGUACAAAUGCCCAGGCUGCUCCUUACGGACUUGUAGUCUUGCUUGUGUUAAAGCUCACAAACAACGCAGUGGUUGUACGGGCAAGAGACAGCAGACCCAGUUCGUUCCCCUAUCUCAAUUUGAUGAUAAUGUCCUCUUUUCUGAUUAUAAUUUACUUGAGGAUGUGAAGAGGGUCGCCGAAUCUGCCCAGAGAUGGAGAGUCAAAUUGUGUGGAACUUAUUUUAAGCCACCAUUCUAUCUCAGAAGCCUUCGGUGUGCUGCUGCAAGUCGAAGGACGAAGCUGCUCUUUCUCCCGAGGGGGAUGUCAAAGAGAGAGAAAAAUCAAUCUCACUACAGCCAAAGAAAGAAGUUCAUCUCUUGGACAGUUGAGUGGCAUUUUCAUUCAACAGAUGUUGUUUUGCUUGACCAUGGAGUAAACGAGUACACAAGCCUCUUUUCUGUAAUUCAGAAUCAUCUAAAACCAGGCCCAUUGAAUCAUCGGCUUAGGCAAUUCUGUGAGGAGAAGCUGGACUCUCUCAAGUUUUUCAUUCGUAAAUAUCCAAAGGGUCCCAGAUCACCAUUUCAUGAAUUGAACAUAAUGGCCCCAUUAAGCCAACAAUUAGCUGAUGCUGUUAUAUUGGAGUACCCAGUUAUUCACGUGCUUCUUCCUUCGCAAACCCAUGAUUUUGGAGUUCUUCAAGGGGCCAAUCCCCCUCUUGAUAAACCAGAGCAGAAGGUGUCUGUUGCCAAUCAUCAACCAAGUUCAGAAGGCAUUUUGUUUGUGGAAGAGGAAAUAGAGGAACUGGGCAGCUCAAUAGAUCCACAGGUUUUUGAUCUGAGGAAGUGUGUAAAACUGGAUUCAAUAUUCCAAAUACCGGAUCGAGAUGAGGGAACUGAGAGGGAAUCAGACCACUCAUUAGAGUCUGAUAGGCAUUUUUUGGCUGGAGGGGCUCCGGAUAAAAAAUCCAUGGUUUUUGACAAUACAUGGAUUUAUGCAUCUAAAGACAUCAAGACACAUUCCAGUUCCAAGCUCACGGAACCUCGAGUUUUUCAAGACAUGGACUUUGUAUUUGAGCAAAGCUUGAUGGAUACAUACUCAGAUCUCAUUUCUGAAGUUAAUCCUGAUGACUUCCUUGAUUUGGAAGGUGGGGUUGAUAGGGAAGUGGGAGGAGCAGAGGAAAGCGGAGGUUCCUUGGCUUUUGGGAGCUACCCCAUGGAGGAACUAGAGGAAGGGGAGAUUGCUGAUUUCUGAAUGAUUGGUGCUAAACUGUUUUCUUCAUGCAGCAGCUGGAGGUUGUGCUCGAGAUCAUUUUGAGGUACAUAUAUGGUCAUAAUAUUUCAUAUUGAGAAGGCAGUACUCUAUAUUAAAUGAUGUUUUAUGGUUGAGAAUGAGAAUCCAUCCUCGUGUUUGGGGUUGAUGUGUUCUUGCCUUUUCUAUUAUUGGCAAUAUAUUCUUGCUGCUCAUGAGGGCACACAAUCUCAGACUAUGGUGGCCAUUUUUUCAUUUGUUUUUGUUUCUAUUACCCACCGCCACACCCCCUCCUUUCAAAAGUGUGUUUCUGUUUUUAUCUCAGAUACUAGUGUUAAAAAUUUAUACCCUUCUCUCAAUUUUGUGUUUGAUCAACAUUUAGACUACAAUAUGAUUAAAUUGCACAUUCAUUUGUUGCAGAAAAAA